UCAGAAAAUUGCCACAACGUUACAAUCGGUCUGAUUUAAAAUCAUUCGCAAUUCCGUUUGUACGUUACUAACACAGUAAUUUUUAGUGUUGAAACAUGAGUGAACGAUCCACCAACCCCUACGAUAUGGACAGUUCGGGUUUCGAUCCGGAUCGAUACCUCCAGAAGCUGCUGAAGGAAUGUUCCCUGAAGCAAAUAAUGGACACGGAAACGGCCAUCGUCCGUCAGACGCAAACCUUACACAGCGACAUGCAAACGCUGGUGUACGAAAAUUAUAAUAAAUUCAUCUCGGCUACCGAUACGAUCCGGAAGAUGAAAACCGAUUUCAAAAACAUGGAAACGGAAAUGAAUCUGUUGGUGGCGAAUAUGGCCUCGAUUACGGAUUGUAGUGAAAAGAUUACGGACACGUUGCAGGAAACUCGCAGCCAGCUGACCCGGCUUUCCGGGAAGCAUCAGCUGUUGAAGAAACUGCAGUUCCUGUCGUCGCUUCCGGCGAAGUUGAAGAGUUUGAUUGAGGAGGGGAACUAUGGGCAGGCUGUGCAGGAGUAUUCGCAUGCUCAGAAGGUGCUGCAGCAGUACGGAAAUCAGCCUUCGUUUCAAGGCAUUCAGGAGGAUUGCGUUAAGAUAUUAGACGAUUUGAAGAAGUUGCUAAAGGAUGAGUUUCAAAAAACGGGAAAAACUGCCCAGUCUUUGACACAGAUUGGUGAGCUGCUGCUGCAGUUGGAUGAAAAACCUUCGGAUCUAGCUAAGGAAAUGUUGCAGUGUGCCACUAAGCGGUUACACGAGCAAAUUGUUAUGCUGCAAGAUCAAACUGAUCGAGAUAUGAUGGAGUUUAUCGAUCUGGGAAUCGAGACAUUUUUGAACGAUUUAACGUUGGUGAUCAGCUCGUAUAAUGACAUGUUUCUGACGAAACAUAUUGAGCAGGAGGUUGAUGGUUUUGAAGUCAUCGCUCGAAUGGAUUUGAACGAUUUCGUUAAUAAGAAUAUUGACGAAUAUUUGUCGCUCGUUCAGGAUCGAGCAGAAGUCGAUAUUGGUCACGGGGAUUCUCAGAUUAUUCUUCGUGGUUUGGAUCGCCUCCAUCGACGUCUGACGGCCAUGAAAUCGUUGUGCCGUGCUGUAGAUAUGUCCAAAUCUGGAAUCGACAUCAUAAUUAAUGCAGCUUACCAACUUUGCAAAGCUCAUCUAAAGUCUCUCAAAGAUCAUUUCUCCGAUAACCUGAGCUCAAUCCGACUAGCACUGGUAUCGGUUAAAUCCGAUUCAUCUCUUACUGGAUCAACCGGAUCAGCCCAUCAACAGCAACAACAGCAGCAUCAGUCCGGAUUGAAGGAGCUCAUUUCCAAUUUGUACGUCUCUACUAUGGAGAAGAUUAAAGGCAUCCUACAGGAUCUGUUGAUCUUCCUGCAACCGGAAUGGUCCUUUAAUUUAAAAACCGACCCCAAGGGAGCAGCUUGCAUCGAGGGAAUACGCGAAAAUUUACUGGUAGGAUUCCUGCGACAUAUUUGCACCGUAAUGAAUGGGUUUGGUGGAAGCAUAAACUCCACCAGUCCACCAACUUUACUUUUGAUUUUGUCGAAGAUGUGUUUGGAAAUGGAUAAGAAUGGAGUGCAUGUGUUGAUUUCCCUAGUGGACGAAUUAUACGAUCUAGAUUCGGAAAACAGCACAGUGCUAGUCCAUGAAUCAGAGCUUUGUUCGGAAAUGCGAGACUCAGCCCAGCACCUACUCGAUUCCUACGUUCGGCUCCAAGGAAUGAAUCUCUCCCAGAUGUUGCGGAAAAGCGUGGAAACGCGUGAUUGGCUCAACUGUCUCGAACCUCGAUCGGUUCGGGCCGUUAUGAAACGUGUAGUCGAAGAGCUUUCAUUAAUCGAUAACGUGCUGGGUGAGCUUUAUGAUAGCAACGAACAGCGAACAGCAGCCAGUAGCGAUUCCAGUCGUAAGACACACUUUAGUCUAACGGCGUCCAAACAAUCUCAGUACCGGUCCACCUGGUCGACGUACACUCCGUCCCAGAUGGACAACAGCUUCGUCUCCAAUAUCCAUCGGCUGUUUUCGGAAAAGAUUGAAAUUUUCAGCUCGGUUGAGUUUUCGAAGGUAUCUAUCAUUACGGGAAUUAUCAAAAUUUGUUUGAAAACGCUUCUCGAGUGCGUCCGGCUGCGGACGUUUAGCAAAUAUGGAUUGCAGCAGAUUCAAGUGGAUGCUCACUAUUUGCAGAUGAAUUUGUGGCGAUUCGUUUCAGAUGAAAACUUGAUCCACGUGCUGCUGGACGAAAUUCUGGGAUCGGCCGUAUUGAGGUGUUUGGAGCCCAUUUUGAUGGAACCCAAUGCGGUGGAAAUUAUUUGCGAGAGGAACUGAAUUGAAAAAGGGGGAUGACGUUAGUUCGGAAACAUUCCAUUGAUUGUGCUUAAGCAUAGGAUGCAAUAAUGUAAUUGGAACGUACUUUUUGAAAUCUAGCAUUGCAGAUGGUAAUAUGUAUUUGAAUAUCAAGGGAUAGUAUUAUGAUUUAACCUGAGGACAUCGCUGUCCUGUACGAAA